CUCACAAACAUGGCGGCGCCCUGUAGCAGAUACAGCUGGGUCGCUUCCGCUUUCCGAAAAGUGGGGAGUUCUCUACUUAAUUCAGUUUUCAUCGCUCAGGCAGCGACGUGUGGCGUCAAAAUGGACUCACAGAGACCAACUAAGCUGGAGUUUGCUGUGCAGAUGACAUGUGAGAGCUGUGCAGGGAAGAUCCGAGCUGCUCUGGAGGGUAGACCAGGAGUGCAGUCCUUCAGUAUCGACGUCAGUAAGGAGGAAGUGUUGGUGGAGUCUGCUCUGACCAGCGCGGAGGUUCAGGCUCUGAUCGAGAGCACGGGACGCAGAGCCGUGCUGAAAGGCAUCGGAGGAUCAGAGCGAGACCUGGGGUCAGCGGUGGCCAUGCUGGAAGGAGUGGGAAACAUCGUGGGUGUUGUGCGUUUCCUGCAGCUGUCUGAGGAGCGCUGUUUGAUUGACGGGACUGUAGAUGGGUUGGAGCCAGGUCCUCACGGACUCCACGUCCACACACUGGGGGACCUCACGCAGGACUGCCUCAGUUGUGGAGAGCACUUUAACCCCUUUGGGACACAACAUGGCGGCCCCGGAGACUCUGAAAGGCAUGUUGGUGAUCUAGGAAACAUUGUCGCCGGCCCAGAUGGCAGAGCCUCAUUCAGACUGGAGGACAGUCAGCUGAAGGUGUGGGACGUGAUUGGUCGAUCACUGGUGGUGGAUGCAGGCGAGGACGACCUGGGUCAAGGCGGUCACGCUCUGUCCAGACAAACUGGAAACUCUGGGGAAAGACUGGCCUGUGGGAUCAUCGCCCGGUCGGCAGGUCUGUUCCAGAACCCCAAACAGAUUUGCGCCUGUGACGGCGUCACGCUCUGGGAGGAGAGAGACCGUCCGAUCGCUGGGACGGGUCGAAGCAAGAACAACACAGAGACUCCGUCCGCAAACCUCUGACUCUCUGACACAAAACAGCAAACUUAACGAAUCGAAGAGGACAUACGUCGACAGAGGAGCUCUGAGGAACACUGCCCCACUUGGGGAAAAUGGCCUUAUUUUCUUAUAAAUGUUCUUUGUGAUAAAAUCAAAUCCUCCUGCAAGUGCACUUAGCGUCCUCUGAGGACUUAAAAAGCACUAAAAGAGAUUAGAGCAGCCAGGGACUUUCUAAAAGUCACCUCAGAUUGGCCCGCUGUCUAUUUAAACUGUUAUGAAUUUGUAUUUCCAGUCGCCCCUGACACAGCCGCUUCAUCGCUGUCUGAAAUGAUGUGUUUAAGUUUGGAGGGAUCCACUCUGGCAGCGGUGGCUGAGAUAAAUGCACUUCAAUUUGC